AUGAGAAGACGUUUCACUAGUCAAAAGAACACUAACGCAAAAGCAGAGAUUACGGUUGGUUAUAACGUAAAUGAUGAUAAAUCACGAAUUAUUCAAAAUGUUAAAGUUAAUGUUAGUCCUGAAUUAACAAGGUCAGCAACUCAACCAAAUUUAUUAACUCGUGACUUACCAAAGAAAGAGGAGGAGCAAAAUAAAGAAGAUGGAGACCCAAUCAUUUUAUCUGAACCCGGUAAAGAACCUGUUGAAAUUCCCACAUAUCCAACAUACCCCCACCUCUUUCAUCAAACAUCGAGAACCAGAAUCUACGAUUCCAGUCGCAAUGCGCCAUAUAAAGUAG